AGAGUGGGUAUACCACUCUACUUGCAGCGGCUUGAAAAUGCUUGAAAAUAAUAAUAAUGCGCCUCUGAAAAAAAUGAAGUCAGUCGCAAAUCGGACUUGAUAAAUUCUUUUUAUUCCUGCGACUUGUUGGAUUGAGUCAUGGGUCGCGUUAUCAGAGCCCAACGUAAAGGUGCUGGUUCUGUCUUCAGAGCCCACACCAAAAAAAGGAAGGGAGCACCAAAACUCCGUUCACUUGAUUUUUCUGAAAGACAUGGAUAUAUCAAGGGUGUUGUCAGGGACAUAAUCCAUGACCCAGGUCGUGGUGCUCCUCUAGCUGUGGUUCACUUUCGUGAUCCAUAUAAAUUCAAGACACGAAAAGAAUUAUUCAUUGCCCCAGAAGGCAUGUACACAGGACAGUUUUUGUACUGUGGAAAGAAAGCCAAUCUUCAAAUUGGCAACGUGAUGCCAGUUGGUACCAUGCCUGAAGGUACCAUUGUGUGUAACUUGGAGGAAAAGACCGGUGACCGAGGUCGUCUUGCUCGUGCAUCUGGCAAUUACGCUACUGUCAUCGCUCACAAUCAAGACAGUAAAAAAACACGUGUCAAGUUACCUUCUGGUGCAAAGAAGGUUAUUCCAUCAAAUAACCGUGCUAUGGUUGGAAUAGUUGCUGGUGGUGGUCGUAUUGACAAACCAAUCCUCAAGGCUGGUCGUGCUUACCACAAAUACAAGGUCAAGCGUAACUGCUGGCCAAAGGUUCGUGGUGUUGCUAUGAACCCCGUUGAACAUCCCCAUGGUGGUGGUAACCAUCAACAUAUUGGUAAAGCUUCCACAGUUAAACGUGGAACAUCAGCUGGUAGAAAGAUUGGUCUUAUUGCUGCUAGACGUACCGGUAGAAUCCGUGGAGGAAAAUCAGACACCAAGAAAGACGAUUAGGUCUAAUAACAUUUAUUGUCAAAUAUGAAAUAUAAAAAACGAAAAAAAAUUUUAAUAAAUUACAAAAAAAACAAAUA